UUCUGCUGAAGCCUGAGUUGAUUCAGAGUCAGCUCUUUCAUUACUGACGGACACAAAAACCACUGAGCUCCCAUUUAAGGACUGGCCGGAAUUCAGCGGCUUGGUAUCCGGGAUCCUCUUGUGACAGUCAGCUGAUCGCAGACAGGAUUUGUAAAAACUUUGAUCUCUCCUCGCUGAUAACGACAACUCCAUUCAUUCAUAAAUAUAUUUUUUGCAAAAAUGGCCACAAACCCACCCAAGUUAAAGACUGCGAUAUCUGCUGAUGAAAGGUUGAAAAACUUGAAAAAUAUCUUUGAAUCCAAGUAUGGAGAAUCCCCUCUCUUCUAUGCAUGUGCACCUGGGAGGGUGAAUCUAAUAGGAGAGCACAUUGAUUACUGUGGAUACUCUGUGCUACCAAUGGCCAUUGAACAGAGCAUCCUCGCCGCUGUGUCAGUGAAUACUUCAGAGACAAUCCGGCUGGCCAACACAAACCCUGACUACACUGAUUUCACAGUGUCGUGUUCAGAGGACAUCACCAUAGACAGAGACAAUCCAAAGUGGUAUUAUUAUUUUCUCUGUGGAGUUAAAGGUAUUCAGGAGACGCUCGGAAAUGCUCGUCUGUCAGGGAUGUCGUGCGUUGUAGAUGGAACCAUUCCUCCGAGCUCCGGUCUGUCCAGUUCCAGUGCUUUGGUUUGCUGUUCUGGCCUCGUAACAAUGGAGGCAAACCAAAAGUCCCUCUCCAAGGUGGCUCUUGCGGAGAUAUGUGCCAAAUGUGAGCGCUACAUUGGCACAGAAGGAGGAGGCAUGGACCAGUCCAUAUCCUUCCUGGCGGAGAGAGGAACAGCCAAGCUGAUAGAGUUCCAGCCUCUGAGGGCCACGGAUGUCAAGCUCCCAGACGGGGCCGUGUUUGUGAUUUCCAACUGCUGCGUGGAGAUGAACAAAGCUGCAUCUUCUCACUUCAACAUCCGUGUGGUGGAGUGUCGAAUCGCCACGAAGAUGCUGGCCCACGCGCGGCGCCUCGACCCAAGCAGGCUGUUGAAGCUGGCUCAGGUUCAGACGGAGCUGAAGGCCUCCCUGGAGGACAUGCUGGCUCUGGUGAACGAAGUGCUGCACCCCGAGCCGUACAGCCGAGAGGAGAUAUGCAAGGCGCUGGGCAUCAGCUCGGAGCAGUUCUCCACAGACCUGCUGAGCGCUAACACUCAGCAUGUGACUCACUUCAGGCUCCACCAGCGAGCCAAGCAUGUUUACGGUGAAGCUGCGCGGGUGCUGCGGUUUAAGAGUGUGUGUGACUCUGAACCAGCUGACUCCAUACAGCUACUCGGGGAGCUGAUGAACCAGAGCCACGCGAGCUGCAGAGACCUCUACGAGUGCAGCUGCCCCGAACUGGACCAACUGGUGGACAUCUGUCUGAAGUCAGGGGCUGUGGGUUCCCGGCUGACAGGAGCAGGGUGGGGAGGCUGUGCUGUCUCCAUGGUUCCCAGUGAGAAGGUGGAGUCGUUCUUACGAGCCGUCAGAGACGCCUACUACCUCCCCGACCCGCGCAGAGCAGCGAUGGAAAAGCAGAGCUUGUUCGUGACGAAGCCGGGUGGUGGAGCUGCAAUUUUCCUCGAAGGCUAAAAUGUGUCUUCCAUAAACCGAUGCAGGGAAAUUCUUUAACUUUUCUUAUUUUUUUCUUACUCUUACUGCAGAAAGCACUUUCAAAUUACUUGCUUAACUUUUAUGUUUACUAUUACAGAUUAUGGAUUAUGAGGGCCAAAGAUUUCAUUCAGUGGGGCACUGAAGGGUGUUAUUUUUCUAUAAAUCAUGAAGGUUUUUAUAAUGAACAGAUUUUUGUUACUAACUCAAUGUCUUUCUGUUCAAAUCACACUAUUUUCUUGAAAACAUAAAUGGUGACACAUAAAAUAAAUGAUCUGUACUGUA